UUCUCAGUUUGGCGGCACCGAACCCGCUAGUCUUCACUCUCCAACUCGCCAGAUUCUACUCUUCCCCUUGUCUUUCUCCUUGUAUACAAAAUUCCCCAGUCUCACCAGCGUGGAUUCAGCAGUUAGAUCAUCCUGUGAAAUCCCAUGCUUCAGUUUGAGCUUUUAAGAUUUUCAUGAUAUUAGAAUCAAACUAAAAUAUAUGGGAGACUUCGACAAUUCUCUCUCUUUGUCAAGUCUUUUGUGUCAUGAGAAUGAAAGUUGUUUUUUCAACGACAGUAUUAGUGAUCACAACCACAUCAAACAUGACCGAUCUUGUUUCGGUUUAGAAACUGAAGUUGAUGUUGAAUAUGUAGAGAAGUUGGUGGAGCGGGAGACCAUUACUUUUGGAUACAGAUGUCAUGCGUCUUUUGGCGAUUGCUUCAUCACUAGCCAUAAUUGGUUAAAAUUUGCUCGCUUAGAUGCCAUUGAAUGGAUUCUUAAUACAAGAGCAAUCUACGGUUUUCGAUUUCAUACGGCUUAUCUUUCUGUCACUUACUUCGACCGUUUUGUUUCAAAUAGACCUAUUGACGAAGGGAAAUUGUGGGCUAUCCGGUUAUUAUCGGUGGCAUGUUUGUCAUUAGCAGCGAAGAUGGAGGAGCGUAAAGUGCCACCCUUAUCAGAGUUUCCGGUGGAAGAUUACUGUUUUGGAAAUAAGGUUAUACAGAGAAUGGAAUUGUUGGUAUUGAAUACAUUGGAAUGGAGAAUGAAUUCAAUCACUCCUUUUGCUUAUCUGCAUUACUUCAUCCAUAAAACAUGCGGUGAAUCUACACCAAAAGAGACUGUUUCUAGAGCUGUGGAGCUUAUUGUGGCAAUGAUAAAAGAGAUCGAUUUGCUUUAUCAUCGCCCAUCUAUUAUCGCGGCAGCUGCAGUAUUAGCUGCAUCCAAUCGGAAAUUAACGAGAAAAGAGUUGGAGCUGAAAAUGGAUAUGAUUUCAUCAUGGGGUUCUCUGGAAAAUGAAAAUGUAUUUUCCUGUUACAUCGCAAUGCAGGAAAUAGACAUGGGAAAGGUUAAGACACCCAGACUAGUGUUUUAUCCUAAUUCAUCAUCAAUACAUUCUGGUUCAUUUGAUGUUCUUGAAAACUCUUCCCUCGUCUCUGGAGCUGGUAUUAAAAGAAGCCUCACAUUUAAUGAAUGUGAUCAAACUUGCCCAGCUAAGAAAAUCUGUCGGCCAUAGUGUUUGAUGCUUUCUUUAAAGGAUUGACUUGGGUUCAUUAAUGAGAUUUCUUUUUUGAAGAAGAGAAAAAAAACAUGGAUCAUUGCUCAUAGAUUGGUUCUUAUGUCUAAUGAGUGUUGGUGGCCAUUUUACGGUAUGUUUUGGACUUGAGGACUGGUGUUACAUUUUUCAACUGCCAACAAAAGAAUGAGCCAAGUGACAACAAGAAGCUUACAGAGAAAAGGUAAAUAAAAAGGUGUGUUAGCUUUAACCUACAGCAAGAAGUAAGCAGUUGACUGAAGUCCAAAAGCCAUUAAGGUGAAGAAAGGCCAGGAGACUCCCCGACGACCAUUGAAGACUGCUCGUCUAUAACAUUGUUUGGUUUCAAGAAUCCCACCAUUGCUUACCUUCCUUUUCAGUUAUUGUAUUUCUUUUCUUCCCGUUUUUCUUUCGUUUGUUGUGACAGUGGGUGCGAUGUGUACGUACAUCACUUGUAACCCCACCAAUGCUUGGGAUGCUUAGGUCUUUCAGAAGGCUGAAAGCCAUUAGGAAUGAAGAAAUGUUUUUGAUUGAUUUGAUAUACCUGAGUUGCAUCCGGACCUUUGAAAAGUGUACAAAGGCUAAUGUGUUUAGACUUGUUGGAAUGUUGGGGGUUUCCUUUUCUCUGUUAAAUGGCACUGUGUUUGGGUGUUUCGGGUCA